CUAGCGAUGUGAGAAAAAAAAGUAUGGUCUAGAGCAGAGCAGUGACAAACAAGCAAAACCCUUAGCUGUGUCUGGUCUGGUCUGGGCUUUGAAAGAAAGAUGGCGAGUGAUGCGCAAGAAGGCGAGGAGCAAGAGCAACAACAGGCACCCCAGAGGAUCCAGAUAUUCCCUACCCCUACCAAUGCUAUCUCCCCUUUUUGGAGAGAGAAAUAUGAAAGAGAAGCUAAGAAGUAUUGGGACAUCUUUUACAAACGCCAUCAAGAUAGAUUUUUCAAAGAUAGGCACUACUUGGACAAGGAGUGGGGCCACUAUUUCUCUGGAUCAGGAAAAAAAGUGCUUUUGGAGGUUGGCUGCGGAGCUGGAAAUACUAUCUUUCCCCUGCUUGCUACAUAUCCAGAUGUUUUUGUUUAUGCAUGUGAUUUCUCACCACGUGCUGUUAACUUGGUUAAGAUGCAUAAGGACUUCAAAGAAUCCCGAGUUAGUGCAUUUGUUUGUGAUUUGACAGUUGAUGAUCUGAUCAAGGAGAUUCCUCCAUCUUCAAUUGAUAUUGUGACCAUGAUUUUUGUGUUAUCUGCAGUCUCCCCAGAGAAGAUGCCUCUAGCGUUGCAGAACAUUAGAAAAAUUCUGAAGCCAAAUGGUUGUGUGCUGUUUCGUGAUUAUGCUAUUGGUGACCUUGCUCAGGAGAGGUUUACUUGCAAGGAUCAAAAGAUUAGUGAAAACUUUUAUGUCAGGGGUGAUGGCACUCGAGCUUUCUAUUUUUCUAAUGAGUUCUUGACAAGUCUAUUUGAAGAAAAUGGAUUUCAUGUUGAAGAACUUGGUUUGUGCUGCAAACAAGUAGAGAACCGCUCGAGGGAGUUGGUGAUGAAUCGGCGUUGGAUCCAAGCUGUUUUCCACCAUUCAGAUGAUGCAAGCUCUUCUUCCAGUAUGGAAGCUUCAGUUAAGAUAGACUUGCCUGGUGAAGAGUAUAUUGAGCCUAAAGUCAGGGAGAAUACAUUGACGGAGGUUGUGAAUAAUUUUGAUGUUGACAUGUCAGAGGGUGUGGCAGUUGAUAUGUUUGGGAUUUCACCUUCCAAUGAUAAUGAGACUGUUGUGGUCAACCUUGGAGAAUCUAACUACAAGAUUGAAGUACUGUCCAAGGAGUAUCAACACACCUGCAAAUCAACUGGCUUGAUGCUGUGGGAAUCAGCUCGUUUGAUGGCUUCUGUAUUAGCAGGAAAUCCUACUAUUGUUGCAGGGAAAAGGGUGUUAGAGUUGGGGUGUGGCUGUGGAGGCAUCUGCUCUAUGGCUGCUGUUGUAUCUGCUGACCUAGUAGUUGCCACUGAUGGAGAUACAAAUGCUCUUAACCUACUGUCCCGAAAUGUCAAUUCAAAUAUUAAGCCACCAUUCCUUGACAAAUUGAUCACAAAGAGACUACAAUGGGGAAACAGAGACCACAUAGAAGCCAUCAAGGAAAUAAAUAAUAGAGGUUUUGAUGUCAUUGUAGGCACAGAUGUGACUUAUAUUCCUGAAGCUAUUUUGCCCUUGUUUGCAACUGCAAAAGAAAUGAUUUCAUCGAAAGGAGGCAUUACAGUGGAUUGGGAACCAGCAUUAAUCCUUUGCCAUGUAUUUCGCCGAGUAGAUGAACCAUCUAUUCUGUCAGCUGCAUCCAAAUUUGGUUUUAGGCUAGUCGAUAAGUGGCAUGCAGGAACUCCAAGUAAUCAAUCUAAAAGCAUUAUCAAUUCUUGGUUCUCAGAGAAUGCUUUCAAGGAUUGUAUUCCAAGUACUGCCCUGAAUAUUAUGUACUUUCAAAUAGAGUGAAGCAUUGUCGGGCUUCUGAUUUUAUAGCAAUUUUCAUCGAUAUCAAUUAGUAUAAUGAGAAUGCAAAAGCUUAAGAUGAGUGACAUUUUUGCUUGUAAGAGAGUAUGCAGACUACCAAAGCAGAAUUGUAGUUAAAAGUUAAGUAAUAUUUGAAGUUUAGUAGUUAUUGAA